GACAACGACGUGUCGCACAUCACUUCUGGUUACUGGUAUAAUUCAGCCACACAAGGAAAAGUCCGAGUAGAUGAAGCAUACGAGGGCGAGUUCGCUUCAUCUCUGUUCGACUAUACAGAUGUGACACCCGAUGGACAAGUCUUGAACAAGCUGCGACUUGUCGGGCCGAGUGUUGGAAGUUCACCGACAUGUUUCGUGGACCAUGUGGAAAAUGCCGGGUUCCCACUCAUUACCGCAGACAUCUUGAAAACCAACAAUGCUGCAUUCGGUGGUAUUGUCAAUGAUCCAGUGGUCGGCUCUACGCAAAGCUGGAAUUUGUUGGUCGCCAACAGCAUUUCCGUCAUUGUAUAUCUUGAUGUUGACAACGUGCUGGUUGGAUAUGACUUUUGGGGAGCAGAACGGAGAACCAAGUCGUUGACCCGUUUCUUCAAUACUGCUGUUGGGAAGUUUGAUGUGAAAGUCUUCGACAACUUUCCCUGUAAAUGA